AGUAUCGGCGGGCAAUCCCUCAUGGUCCUUCUGGACACGGGCUCAUCAGAUCUAUGGGUCGUGUCUUCUGAUUGCACAGUCGAAGACUGUCACGGAGUCCCAAAAUACAAUAGAACGUCUUCCCUUGACUUGACCGACGUGCCGUUUCAUCUGGAUUACCUCAUGGGCAGCGUGAGCGGAGUCGUGGGGACGGAAAUGGUGACUCUGGGCCAAUACCAAGUGUCGUCCCAGAUUUUUGCGCUGGCAAACUACACGGACGGCUUGGGACUUUCCGGCUCAGGCAACAGCGGUAUCUUGGGUCUGGCAUUCCCCGCGGAGGCCUCCAUUUCCGACACCAUUGGUCGCACGUUGGCCUUGAACCUAUUCUCAGGCUUUGACGAUCCUACAGAACAGUAUUUUGCCUUCAAACUUGGGGGGAGCUCGAACAACUCCUCGUUCACCGUAGGGGAAGUCGACCCACUUUACGCCAAUUCAACCGGUGACUUGGCAGUCACACCGGUCUUCCGCGCUCCGGGUGCGCUAUACGAUUACUGGAAGCUGCCGCUUCAAUCUUUCACCAUCAACGGCACGUCCUUCACCCUGUCGAAGACCAGUGUGAAGGGCGCCCGGUCCCCGAUCGCUGUCCUCGACACUGGUACUACGCUGAUUCUUGGACCCACUCGGGACGUCGCGCGCUUCUGGGAAUCAGUCGGCGGCGCGAGGCAAACGGACAGAGGCUGGGAAGUCCCUUGCAACCGUGCAGUAACUGUCGGCAUGGUCCUAGGCGAAGGUUCAAGUGAGAAGGAGUAUGCCAUUGACCCAGCAGACAUCAGCUGGAAGGAAGGUUCUGUCGAUGGCGGUAUCUGGUGUUUGGGCGGUAUGCAAGGCAAUGACGGGGUCUUCUCUGCAGAUUGGCUGCUAGGGGAUACGUUUUUGCGGGUACGUGGAUCUUGCGACAAUGUCUAUGUAACCCAUCAUGCUGCGACGGACUCCCAACCUCCUGUCAUUGGACUACUGGGAACAACGCACUCUGACUCGGCCCUCGCGACCUUUGUUCAGGAAAGAGGGCCCGAUCCUCUUCCUCAAGCAAGGGUCAUAUCCAAUCCACCUCGCAGCAAUUCCCUUACCGGCGCAGACAUCUGCGGGAUAGCUACGGCAAGCGGCUUUGUGGGAGGGAUCGCCAUCAUUGUGCUGGUGUUCGCUUUCAGAGAGUGGCGUCGGAAGUACUAG